AUGUCAUCAGUAGCAACAGCUCAAACCACUUCGAAAACCAAUCAAGAUGCCCAAGAGUAUGUUGGACCUAACUUGAAUGUCACCUUAACGUGUCCGGAAUGCAAGAUCUUUCCCCCGGACUUGAUUGAGCGGUUCAGUGAAGGGGAUAUUGUGUGUGGUAGUUGCGGGUUGGUUUUGAGCGAUAGAGUCGUUGACACUAGAUCAGAAUGGAGAACUUUCAGCAACGAUGAUCAGAAUGGAGACGAUCCAUCUCGUGUAGGUGACGCAGGUAAUCCGUUGUUGGACACUGAAGAUUUGUCGACGAUGAUCUCGUAUGUUCCUGAUAGUUCGAAGGCCGGUAGAGAAUUGAAUAGAGCACAGUCUAAGUCAUUGGUUGACAGAAAGGACAAUGCUCUAGCUGCGGCAUAUGCCAAGAUUUCGCAAAUGUGUGAAGGGUACCAGUUGCCCAAGAUUGUCCAAGACGCAGCUAAAGAGGUUUAUAAAAUGGUUUAUGAUGAGAAACGUUUACGGGGAAAAUCACAGGAAUCGAUCAUGGCUGCGUCUAUACUUAUUGGCUGUCGUAAAGCCAAAGUUGCUCGUACAUUCAAAGAGAUUUGGGCGUUGACCAAUGUCCCCAAAAAGGAGAUUGGCAAAGUCUUUCACAUCAUGAAGACUAUUAUACGUGAGAAGUAUGAAGCCAACCCUCAAUCCGCUGCAUACUACAGCCAAGACAAUAUCCAAACUACUCAAACAUCAGCUGAAGAUUUGAUUAGAAGGUUCUGUUCGCAUCUAGGAUUGAACUCUCAAGUCACCAACGGGGCGGAGUAUAUUGCAAGAAGAAGCAAAGAAGUGGGUGUAUUGGCAGGUAGAUCCCCUACUACAAUCGCAGCUACUGUUAUAUACAUGGCAUCCAUAGUGUUUGGUGUCGAGUUGCCACCAUCAAGAAUAUCCGACAAGACCGGGGUCAGUGAUGGUACCAUCAAAACUUCUUACAAGUAUUUGUAUGAAGAAAAGGACAAAUUGAUGGAUCCUUAUUGGAUUGAGAGCGGAAAGGUCAGCUUAGAGAACUUUCCAAAGGCAUAG